GGGGGUUCACUGACUUCUCUCUCCUUUUUCUUGUCUGUACAAAAUCUUUUUUAGGGCCUUUCGUUUUCUGCUUCUUGUUUGCUAAUUUUUUUUUUUUAUCUUUUCUCUUGUUCGUUCUCUUUGAAGCCUCUUCUCACCGAGUGUGAGGCAAGCAUGCAAAGAACGAGAUAUUAUUACUUUUUUCUUGGCUCAAACUAGGGUUCCCUGAAGUUUUUUCAACACAAUUUAAGGCCUUUGAAUGUUUUGAGUUUUGGAGUGAAACUUAAGGUUUCUUAGAGGGAGAGAGAGGGAUAGAGAAGGAAGUGCCAAGCAGUAAAGAAGAUUAUAAAAAGGGUUUGCUUGCCUUCUUUCUCUUUCUUUCUCUCAGUUUUUCAGUAAAGAGAGGGAGUUGGAGACAUUUGGAUAGAUAUAUUAUCCUUCUGUCUCCUCUACCUCUCUAUCCUCUUCUCCUUUCUUCUGAAAAAAGUUUUCCUUUUUUAUUUUCUCCGAGAGAGACCCAGUUCAGGAUUUCUUGUUUGGCCAUCUGGGGUUUGGUUUUUGAAUGACAAUUUCAAGAUUCAAACUUAGUUAUUCUGUGCUACUUGUCAAUCUAGAAAAAAAGGGGUUAAGUCUAGUGUAAAAAUAGAGUAAACAGAAAAAAGGGCGUAAGCUUUAAUGAGUUUUGGGGGUUUUCUUGAAAACACUAGUCCUGGUGGUGGUGGCGCAAGAAUUGUAGCUGAUAUACCUUAUAACAACAACAACAUGCCCACUGGUGCAAUAGUUCAGCCUCGCCUUGUUUCUCCUUCUAUCACUAAAUCCAUGUUCAACUCUCCUGGACUCUCACUGGCUCUUCAACAACCAAACAUAGAUGGUCAAGGAGAUAUAACUAGAAUGUCUGAGAACUUUGAGACAAGUGUGGGUAGGAGAAGCCGAGAAGAAGAACAUGAGAGCAGAUCUGGUAGUGAUAACAUGGAUGGUGCCUCUGGUGAUGACCAAGAUGCAGCUGAUAAUCCUCCAAGAAAAAAGAGAUACCACCGACACACUCCACAACAAAUCCAAGAACUCGAAGCUUUGUUUAAGGAGUGUCCUCAUCCUGAUGAGAAACAAAGAUUGGAACUUAGUAGAAGGCUGUGCUUGGAGACCAGGCAAGUGAAGUUCUGGUUUCAAAAUCGUCGAACCCAAAUGAAGACUCAAUUGGAGCGCCAUGAGAACUCAUUACUCAGGCAAGAGAACGACAAGCUUCGAGCGGAAAACAUGUCCAUAAGAGAUGCUAUGAGAAAUCCAAUGUGCUCAAACUGUGGUGGUCCUGCAAUAAUUGGUGAUAUUUCCCUUGAAGAGCAGCAUCUGAGGAUUGAGAAUGCUCGGUUAAAAGAUGAACUAGAUCGAGUGUGUGCGCUUGCUGGCAAGUUCUUGGGUCGCCCCAUAUCUUCGUUGGCUUCUUCACUUGGCCCUCCGAUGCCAAAUUCAAGCUUGGAGCUUGGUGUUGGUAGUAAUGGUUUUGCUGGUUUAAGCACUGUAGCUACAACAUUGCCUUUGGGACCUGAUUUUGUAGGUGGGAUUUCUGGUGCUUUGCCUGUACUAGCUCAAACUAGACCAGCGACUACUGGUGUUACUGGGAUUGGUAGAUCACUGGAGAGAUCCAUGUUCUUGGAGUUGGCUUUGGCUGCCAUGGAUGAAUUGGUUAAGAUGGCUCAGACUGAUGAGCCUCUUUGGAUCAGGAGCUUUGAUGGUGGUAGGGAAAUAUUGAACCAUGAGGAGUACUUGAGAACUAUCACUCCUUGCAUUGGAAUGAAGCCUAGUGGCUUUGUUAGUGAGGCUUCGAGAGAGACUGGGAUGGUAAUCAUCAACAGUUUGGCCCUAGUUGAGACACUGAUGGAUUCAAACCGAUGGGCAGAAAUGUUUCCUUGCGUGAUUGCCAGGACCUCUACAACUGAUGUGAUAGCCAAUGGAAUGGGGGGAACUAGAAAUGGUUCGCUUCAGUUGAUGCACGCGGAGCUCCAAGUCUUAUCCCCUUUGGUUCCUGUUCGUGAGGUCAAUUUUCUCCGAUUUUGCAAGCAGCACGCCGAGGGGGUUUGGGCUGUUGUUGAUGUGUCUGUCGAUACCAUCAGAGAAACUUCUGGUGCGCCACCGACAUUUGUGAACUGUAGGAGGCUUCCUUCUGGCUGUGUGGUGCAAGAUAUGCCCAAUGGGUACUCUAAGGUUACAUGGAUUGAGCAUGCAGAAUAUGAUGAAAGCCAAACACACCAGCUCUAUCGGCCGUUGAUAAGUUCUGGCAUGGGCUUUGGGGCCCAACGAUGGAUUGCCACUCUCCAACGCCAGAGCGAGUGUCUAGCCAUUCUCAUGUCCUCUAAUGUACCCAGUCGAGACCACACAGCUAUAACUGCAAGUGGUCGCCGAAGCAUGCUGAAGCUGGCGCAAAGAAUGACGGCUAACUUCUGUGCCGGGGUUUGUGCCUCAACAGUGCACAAAUGGAACAAGCUAAAUGCAGGAAAUGUCGAUGAAGAUGUUAGGGUUAUGACCAGAAAGAGCGUUGAUGAUCCUGGUGAGCCACCAGGCAUUGUUUUGAGCGCUGCUACCUCUGUCUGGCUACCUGUAUCUCCACAGAGACUCUUUGAUUUCCUCCGCGAUGAACGGCUCAGAAGCGAAUGGGACAUCCUCUCCAACGGCGGACCAAUGCAGGAAAUGGCCCACAUUGCCAAAGGCCAAGAUCAUGGCAACUGUGUCUCCCUCCUACGGGCUAGCGCCAUGAAUUCUAACCAGAGUAGCAUGUUGAUACUGCAAGAGACUUGCAUAGAUGCAGCAGGGUCACUUGUUGUGUACGCUCCCGUUGACAUUCCUGCCAUGCACGUGGUGAUGAAUGGUGGCGAUUCGGCCUACGUGGCUCUUCUUCCGUCAGGUUUCGCUAUCGUACCAGAUGGGCCUGGUUCGCGUGGGCCCCCAACAACCAACGGCGGCCCAACUGCUAAUAAUAAUAGCAAUGGUUGUGGCCCAGAUAGGGUGAGUGGGUCCCUCUUGACGGUGGCGUUCCAAAUAUUGGUGAAUAGUCUUCCUACAGCCAAGCUCACGGUAGAAUCGGUGGAGACAGUUAACAACCUCAUUUCAUGCACUGUCCAGAAGAUCAAGGCAGCUCUGCAGUGUGAAAGCUGAUCAUCAUCCGAAUAUUGCAUGAUUGAGCUUCGUCCUAUUAGUGAGUCUUCAUUAGUUUUUAAUUUUAACAUGGUGUGUUGAUCUGUUUAUUUUAUGGUGUCAAGGGUGGUUGGUGUUAAAAGGGAGGGAGAGAGAGCGCGCGCCUUGGUAAAUGAGUGUGGUAAAGACUGGGAAAAACAAAAAAUGUGACUAGUCUUGAUGUUGAUGUUUGCGGGUGUUGAGUCAAGAACGAACCGCGCGUGGAGACUCCUUGCAAGGCGGUGAGGACUUAUGGGUCUGUGACUGUGACUACUGGCUGCUUGGGUGCAGUGGCAUGCAUGCAGCGAACAAAGUCCUUAGCACAAGGCAAGGGUGCUGGUUCGGGUAUUGACUCAAGUUCGACCCCUGGCUGGAUUAUUAGCAGUACAAAAAUCAAAAACAAAAAUGUUCAAGAAAAAAAAAAGGGUCUUUUGAUAUUUAUUAAUUUAAUAUCCUCCUUUUUAUUGCCUUUUUUUUAUUUGGUCAGAUGCUUUGUUGAACUUGCAAUGACACCGGUUCGGUUUGUUGAUGUUUGUUAACUUGUGAGGUUUUGUAUUAAUCUGAUAUUCGAAGUUUACUAGUAAUAACCUCUUUGUUUUUUCGGA